CACUCGCACAGCAUCCAGUAUCAAGCUCCCUUUUAAAGAAAAGGUCCUGAAGCCCCCGCCAGAGCUACACCGUCGCCAAGUUAUAUAGAAGCCAAGUCAGCUAGCGCUUUCACAAGAUGGAUAUCUUCUUCUGCCUCCCUAUCCUCUUCGGUUGUGAUGGAAAGGUCAAGCAAGAAGGAGACGGCACAGCCUACGUCUGCCCUCGCUGCCACAACGCCUCCGUCGUCACUUGCAAAUCGCGCAAAGUCUUCUCGGUAUGCUUCAUCCCCCUCAUCCCAAUGAAGGCAAAGCACAUCUACCAAUGCGGCAUCUGUCAAUGGGCGGUAGAUCAGGAUAGUAGUUACAAGCCACAGAGGGCGGGAGCUCCUCCUGGUGGAGGACAGAUGAUGGGUGGUGGGUACCCGCCGCAGGGACAGGGAGGGUAUGGUGGGGGGUACCCGAACAAGUAGAGGGGACGUAGGAAGAUAGAGAGAAGGGGCACGACUUGCACUCCGUGGCUCUGCUUGUUCGGCUCCUCCUCUUUCGACUCUUUGCUGCUCUCCGUGUCUACCCGCUCGUCCUCUCUCCUUCCUCGUAUACCUGUAUAAAUCUCCAGCUCCUGCUUUGCCUCGCUUUGUCGUACUUUCCGUCUCGUGUAAUACCGAUUGCCGAUUACCGAAAGACAGAGUAGCU